AUGCGUCUGUCCAAGGUGCUGAUGGACGGGGGUAGCAGCCUCAACAUCCUCUACGUUGACACUUUGGACGCCAUGGGAAUCCCCCGAGCCUGCUUGCGGGAAUCCCUCUUCCCCUUCUACGGCAUCAUGCCAGGCAUGAAGGCGUACCCGGUUGGCAACAUCGACUUGCCGGUUAUGUUUGGCAGCAAAGCCAACUUCCGCACCAAAACCCUCACGUUUGAGGUGGUGGAAUGGAAGGGGGUGUACCAUGCCAUUCUCGGGCGCCCCGCCUACGCCAAGUUCAUGGCGGUGCCCAACUACACCUACCUUAAGCUCAAGCUGCCGGGCCCAAACAGUGUCAUCACCGUGAGCGGCUCAUUCGAACAGGCCUACAUAAGCAGCCGCGAGUACUAUGACCUCGCCACCACCACGGCAAACUCGGCUGAGCUCGGCCAGCUUCGCGCCGCCACCGCCGAGUGCCGUCCUGACCCUAGCAGGCCUAGCCAGGCACUGGCCUUCGUCUCAACCGACGAGACCAAGACGGUUGUGGUCGACGACGCCGAUCCAACCAAGACGGUGCGGAUCGGCUCCCAGCUGCCGGCCAAAUAG